CUCUUGAUGAUGAAGUGAAAGAUAUCAUGGAGCUGACAACUGAGGAUGCUUGUCGCAUGGAGAUGAAGAGUAUGUUGAGAUGGGUUCGCUUGAAUAUGGACCCCAAGAAGACAAGAGUCUUCUUCACUAGCAUGUCACCUUCACAUGGAAAGUGCAUAGACUGGGGAGGUGUAGAAGGUGGAAACUACUAUAAUGAGACAACCAUAAUUGAAGACCCGGCAUAUUGGGGUUCAGAUUGCAGGAAAAAUGUAAUGAAGGUGAUUGGUGAAGUGUUCGGCAAAAAAUUGUUCCCAUCACAUUUCAAAACAUCACCCAACUCUUAAGUUACCGUAAAGAUGCACACACAUCAAUCUACAAGAAGCAGUGAUGCCCAUUGACUCCUGAGCAAUUAGCCAACCCUGUAAGUUAUGCAGAUUGUGUGCAUUGGUGCUUACCUGGGCUUCAAGAUACUUGGAAUGAGCUUCUGUUUGCCAAACUCUUUUACCCUUAAGUAAGAUGAUCAUAUCGAAAAUGGUCCUCUGUUUCUUUUUUUU